AUGCCUCCACUAAACGACUUCACAAACAGCACCUUCAAGACCCACGCCCACUUCAAGACGGCAUCCAUAGCUCUCCUUCGCGCAUUGAAUCCAUACCAAUCACCUCAUGGUGCCCGAAUCAAACUUCCGUUGGCGACAGGUACCCAUUUCGACGAUGUCGCAGCCCAGCUAGAAGGCUAUGCUCGGCCACUAUGGGCAGUCGGUGCGCUCAUGCACUCAAACAUCGUCUCCAAAGAUGAGUACAACGAACUCAUCCAACCCUACGCUACAGGUCUAGCCAAUGGAACCGAUCCAUACCAUACCGAAUACUGGGGACCAGUCGUAUUGCGAGACCAAAGAAUGGUCGAGAUGGAAAUCAUUUCGUUUGCACUACUAUCAGCCCCAGAUACCAUGUUCCAUUCGCAGACUGAAGAAGCAAAGAGGAACAUCACGGCGUGGCUAGGAACUAUCAAUGGGAAGGACUUUCCAACGACGAACUGGCUUUGGUUCCGCGUCAUGACUAACCUAGCGCUGAUCAAAGUAUGUGGCGUACCCAAGGAGAGCGUCCUCGAUGCCAUGAAAGCGGAUUUGGAUCUUAUGGAACAGUUCUACUUAGGUGAUGGUUGGGCAGCCGACGGAAUCUGGAGUGACGAAGGACGGCAGGCAGAUCACUAUUCUGGAAGCUUUGCCAUCCAGUUCUCUCAGCUCAUAUAUGUGAAGAUGGCGCAUGACUUGGAUCCGGAGCGAUGCGAAAGAUUUCGGAAAAGAGCAAAGGAAUUUUCGCUAUCAUUUUGGCAGUAUUUUGACGUGAACGGUGCCGCUAUACCUUUUGGUAGAAGCCUAGCAUAUCGUUUCGCAUUCGCUGGGUUCUGGUCCGCCGUAGCUUUUGCAGAGGUCGAGCUGCCGGAACCGCUUAACGAUUGGGGUGUCGUAAAAGGUCUUCUCCUUCGGCACUUUCGCUGGUGGAGCAGUAAACAUGACAUGUUCAACAUGGACGGCACCUUGACAAUCGGCUUCACUUACCCAAACAUGUACAUGAGCGAAGACUAUAACAGCCCCCAGUCUCCUUACUGGGCUCUGAAAUCGUUCUUAGCACUCGGGUUGCCGGAUGACCACCCGUUCUGGACUGCGGAAGAGAAACCCCUACCCAGGACUGGACAUGCUGUCGUGCCCAUAAAAUCACCUAUGCAUAUCCUCUGCAGUCAACCAAACCACCACUUCCUCCUCUCCAUGGGGCAAUUUUGCCCCUGGCCUCUCAAAGCAACAGAAGCCAAGUAUGGAAAAUAUGCAUAUUCCUCGCACUUUGGUUUCAGCGUGCCUACCGGAACUUUGAUACAGCAGAUCGCUCCAGACAGUACCCUUGCAUUGAGCAAAGACGGUGGCGAGACAUGGCGGGUACCGUGGAAAGUCACGAACCAUUGCUUUGCUACUGCACAACUGAUACACAACGGCGAGCUUGCGGAAAACAUACACGUACUGACGAGUACAUGGAAGCCUUGGGCCGAUGCCGACAUCACAGUACAAACCGAUCUCAUACCCCCCUGCUCGCGCUGGCCAGACUGGUAUCUCCGCUGGCACCGCAUCACAAACACCGGGUCUAAUACAGUUAAAAUCCACGCCGUCCAAGGUGGCUUUGCAAUCCAAGGACGUGGCAACAAGCACGGUGAAGUCCUGCCUACACACGUACACAGCUCUGAUCUCUCUUUCACACCAAACCAUAACACUCAGCCUUUCCCCGAAGGCACGGUAACAACUCGUGGCUCCACGCUUAUCUGCUCAAACGCCGGUGCUAGCGGUAUAUCUAUUCUCGGUCCACACAACGACGACGACGGCGGCGGCGAUUCGCUUGAAGGAGCACACACAGAAGUACUGAAACCAGACGCGAACACGAAUUUAAUGUGGCAGCGUACACUCAUACCCGUGAUCAGAAACGAGUUGGACAUAGCUCCAAGUAUGGCAGGUCGACCAUCUUGUCAGUUUGGCAGCGCAGUUUUCGCUCUAGCUAGGACUGUAGAUAGAGAAGAGCGGUAUGCGGGGUUGGAUCAUAACGCGUUGUGGACGGAUGUGCCAGUGCUGGAUACGCUGAUUGGGAAGAGAGGCGAUGGGGAAUGGCACAUCAAGCUCCAAGGCCGGACUUUUAGGCGAUGA